AUGGCGAAAUCUUCCACCUCUUCGAGAAACAGGCCGUCUCCUCUGACAAACGAUGGCUGCCUCUACAUGGGCGGUGCCGUCUUCGCCUUCUUACUCGUCUGGUGCCUCUGGUCCUACGCCGGCCCCGCCGACUCCGGCGGCGGCAACAGCUUCAUGCCCAGGGUAUUCAGCGACAUCGGCUGCACCCGCCCGGCUCCGAAUCUCAGAUUCGACCCGCCCGACUCCACCUUCUACGACGACCCGGAGCUGCGGUACUCGAUCGAGAAGAAGGUGACCGGGUGGGACGAGAAGCGGAAGGAGUGGCUGAAGCGGCACCCGACCUUCGCCGCGGGUGCCAAGGACCGGCUCGUGAUGGUGACCGGCUCGCAGCCGAACCCGUGCCGGAACCCGAUCGGCGACCACCUCCUGCUCCGGGCGUUCAAGAACAAGGUGGAUUACUGCCGGAUCCACGGCUACGACGUCUUCUACAACAACGUCCUCCUCCACCCGCGGAUGAAGAGCUAUUGGGCGAAGCUGCCCGUGGUGAAGGCGGCGAUGCUGGCUCACCCGGAGGCCGAGUGGAUCUGGUGGGUUGACUCGGACGCGUUGAUCACCGACAUGGAGUACAAGCUUCCCUUGGACCGCUACAAUUACAAGGGCCACAACUUGGUGGUUCACGGCUGGUCCAAGAUGAUCUACGAGGAGAAAUCAUGGACCUCGCUAAACGCCGGCGUUUUCCUCAUCCGGAACUGCCAGUGGUCCAUGGACUUCAUCGACGUUUGGGCCAACAUGGGCCCGAUCAGCCCGGACUACAAGAAAUGGGGGGUGAUCCAACGGUCGGUGUUCAAGGACAAGCUGUUCCCCGAAUCGGACGAUCAAUCGGCCCUGAUUUACUUGCUCUUCAAGGACCGGAGAUUGACGGACAAGAUUUAUCUGGAAGGGGAGUACUACUUCGAAGGGUAUUGGGUGGAGAUCGUGCCGACGUACGCCAACAUCACGGAGAAGUACACGGCGAUGGAGCGGGAGGACGGGACGCUGCGGCGGCGGCACGCGGAGAAGGUGAGCGAGCAGUACGCGGCGUUUAGGGAGCCGCACCUGAAGGACGCCGGGAACGGGCGGUGGAGCUGGCGGCGGCCGUUCAUAACGCACUUCACCGGGUGCCAGCCGUGUAGCGGGGACCACAACCAGAUCUACGCCGGGGAGAGCUGCUGGAGCGGGAUGGUGAAGGCGCUGAACUUUGCGGAUAAUCAGGUGUUGAGGAAGUAUGGGUUCAUGCACCCGGAUCUGCUGGAUUCCAAUACGGUGACGGAGACGCCGUUUGAUUAUCCUGACGAAGGACCGUGGUGA